AUGCCAGUAGUGCCAUCUAGUAUCCCACAACACAAACUCCAAAAGUAAAUAGUCAAUAUGUAUGGUGUACCGAUGUUGACAUGAUGAACCAUUGUAUGAGCCAUUCCGGAUACUCAUAGUAGUGAAGAUCAUUUUUGCCACUCACAUGGGAACCUAAAUAUGUGGACACCAACCAAGAACCAGAAGUUUGGCGUGGUAAUCUACAAUUUUGACCGUGAAGUCCAACAAGCCUUGCAUCUCGAUGUUGGGGAGACAGUACAGGUUCUGGAGGAAUGUAGUGGUUGGUACAGAGGUUUUUCCACACGCAACAGAAAUGUGAAGGGAAUAUUUCCUGCCCAGUUCAUCCAUCUCAAGCCAUUUAAGAUUGACAAUGAAGGGUUAUAUGAAACGGUAACACCUGUUGAAGAUCCAGUUGUACAGGAAGCCGCAUCGGUGCUACGAGAAUGGGGUCAAAUAUGGAAGAAUCUCUAUGUGUUACUUGGAACACCCAAGGGAGAUCAGGAACUCUGGGAUGCUGUCCGCAAAGCCAUGAUGGAUGUGGCGGACUGGCGGAAGCAGUUGAUUACUGGAACCUUAACUUCCGAUCAAAUUUCACAACUCAAGCUAAAGAUUACACGCAAAAUAGAUUGGGGAAACAGGAAACUGGGGCUGGACCUUGUACCUCGUGUGGAUGGUGAGAUGGUAGAUCCUGAUGCUGUCAGUGUGGUGGAGCUUCACCAAGUGCAUGUUCAGAGUGCAGAGGCUUCAAAGUCACAUUACCAGGGCCUCGGGACCCUGGCCAAGAGGAAAGAGAGGAGAAAAGUGCUGAGUCAUCACUUGUUCUUCUGUAUGAGAGAUUUCUCAUAUCAUUUAGGAGAAGAUGCAGAGAUCUUUUUCUCCUUGUAUGAUGCACAAAAAAAUAAAUUUAUUAGUGAAAGAUUUCUAGUCAAACUAUCUAAAGAAGGAUUUUCAAAUUAUGUUGAAAAGAUCCACAGCAACUGCACAAUAUUCACAGAUCUUGGGAGUGGAGAUCUGUCAUCGGAUCUGUACAUUGUUGCCCAUGUUAUUAGAGUUGGGCGCAUGUUAUUUUCAGAGUCCAUAAAGAAGAUAUCAUCUCACAACUACCGAAGACCUUAUGGUAUUGCCCUCUUUAGAUUAGCUCAGUCUGUUCUACAAGGAGGUGAAGGAGAGGUUGAGCUGACAGGAAAACUUUUCACAUCAGAUGAAAAAGACUUCUCUCAACUACCUGAACUUGUUCUCAAGAAGCAGUCCAACAAGUACUCUAUUAUGUCUAACAAUGCUAGUUAUGGGCUGGUGGUGAGUGUGAAGGUCGUCCAUGGGGAGCUGGAGCAGGCCACCAAAGAAAAUCCCCUUUUGCUCAAGAAUGUUUGUAUUACAAAGAAAUUAGGUUUUUCUGAUGUCAUAAUGCCUGGUGAUGUAAGAAAUGACUUAUAUGUAACAUUAAAUAGUGGAGAGUUUGAGAGAGGUGGCAAGUCUGUUAGCAAGAAUAUUGAGGUGACUGUUUUAACUCUGGAUGCUGAAGGACAACCUUUGCAGUCUAUUUACAGUGGUAUGGGUCACGAAGGAACGACAGAUUAUGCCUCCAUGAUAAUGUACCACAACAAUUCUCCACGAUGGAAUGAGCGGCUAAAAGUAGCCAUUCCCAUUGAUCAAUUUGCUGGAGCUCAUCUCAGACUAGAAUACAGACAUUGCUCAACUCGUGAAAGGAAUGAAAAAAAGCUAUUUGGUUUUUCAUUCAUACGAUUAAUGGACGAUGAGGGAGGGACAACUUUACGGGACGGGUCACAUGAACUGUGUGUGUAUAAGUGUGAUGAACGAGGACGUCUAAGCAACCCCAUGGAGUACCUGAAUAUGCCUUUCUUUUCUAAAGAUGCAGUAGAUUGUAUCUACUCUCUCUCAUUCCAGCGAUCUCCCAAAGAAAGCAUCAUUAUAGAUACUCUGCUUUGCUCAACAAAGCUUACUCAAAAUGUUGAUCUUUUAUCACUGCUGCGGUGGCGUUCAGCACCAGAUGGUAUUGGUGAAACUCUCUCAAGAUUGACACGUGUUGAUGGUGCAGAAACAGUCAAGUUCCUACAGGAUGUGCUGGAUGCUUUGUUUGCUAUGUUUUCCACAGAUGAUGGAAAUUCAACACAGCAUUCAGGUCAUGUCUUCCAGGCCCUAGUCUUUAUCUUCAGCCUGUUAGAAGACAGCAAAUUUGAACACUUCAAGCCUGUCAUGGAUGCUUACAUCACUGGACAUUUUGCUGCCGCACUUGUAUACAAGGGCCUUAUCAGCUGUGUGAAGCACCUGUCAGAUCUUUGUCCUCAAACUGAAAAACAAGAUCCUAUCAUGAGGUGCUUUCGCUCCCUAGAGUACAUCUUCAAGUUCAUCAUCCAGUCAAGGCUUCUGUUUGCAAGAGCAACUGGAGGGCAGAAUGAAGAUUCUUUCAGGGUUGAUGUAGAUAGCUUGUUUGAAUCCUUUGCUCGUAUGCUGAACAUGCAUUUAGAAAAUAUUGAAGCCUCUCAGGUAACAUUACUGGAACAUCUCCAAGGAGCGUGUGAUCAACUCUGUCGUGUUUUAAGUCCUGGAGAAGUUGCUAACCACCUCAGUAAUUUGUUUAAUGCCACACCGGUGGAAAGCACACGAGACCUGACAAAGGCCAAGCUCCAUGCCAUGAAGAAUUCCAUAAAUUCUCCAAUAUUUGAUGAUGAUGAGGGUCGAGGGUUACUCUUGGAAACAAUAUGUACACAUCUAAGGCAACACAUGGAUAGCCGCCUGGAACUGGUGUUAUGUGGGGAAGUUCUCUCAGACAUUGUUAUUCUCACUCACAAGCACAUCAAGAAGUAUUCUCCCAGUAAGCUACCUCCAACCUUACACCAGGAUGUUGAAAUGAUAAUGCUCACACUCUUUGAUGUUGUUGUUCAAGUCAUCUUAACCCUGGAAAGAUCUGCACCCAGCUCAGGCAGCAGUACAUUAAUACCCGAUGUGAUGGAUCUGACGCAGCUUCUAAUGGCCUUGAAGAACAAAUUUGUUCCCACUCAUGCCUCACUAGUGCUGGGCAGUCUCUCUAUGACUCCUUCCUUGCAGGAGGACAUUCGGGGGACACUUGUGGCAUGUUUGAUGGGCAUCUUACAACUGAUGGGAGAGUUCCAUUACUCAAAAUUGUGGGAAGCUCACAUGACCUCAGGAACCAACCAUUUACGACGUCUUCUUCAUUCAAUAAUUCUCUUACUUGCUGACCUUGUAAGAGCAGCAAUAUUUGCCAGUGACUGGUUUGUCAUGCGCAUGGUUACCAACUACACCAUUUUAGCAGCGAUGCAAGAGAUUGCACAGCCACUAAUUUCUAUUUUUCUUAAGCAAGGAAGAUUUGACAACCAGCUCUGGAGCAGUUACCUGAAUCUCGCAGUGGGAUUUUUAACUCAGCCUUGCUUACAAUUAGAACGUUUCUCACAACAAAAGAGACACAAGGUGUUGGAACGUUAUAAUGACAUGAGAGUUCUGAUGGGGUUCCAGAUUCUCUCUAUGUGGCGUGAAUUAGAUGAUCAUCGUCUGCAUUUCAUCCCAGGGAUGGUGGGCCCAUUUCUUGAAGUGACUCUGGUACCUGAACCAGAGCUUCGGAAGGCCACUCUGCCUAUCUUUUUUGAUAUGAUGCAGGCAGAGCAGCAGGCAAAGGGUAGCUUUAAACAGGUUGAAACAGAAUUGAUAGAUAAGCUGGACAUCCUAGUCAGUGAAAACAAGGGUGAUGAUGAGUACCGUCAACUGUUUAACACCAUGGAGCAUUUAAGUGCUGUUUUGCUGGAGAGAGUUCGCUCCAAUGACCCCGUUUGGAGAGAGAGCGGCACAGCGUUCAUCAACUCGGUGACUCGUCUUUUGGAGAGAUUAUUAGACUACCGCAAUGUUAUGCAAGGUGAUGAGAACUGUGACAAGAGAAUGAGCUGUACAGUUAACCUUCUGAAUUUCUACAAAAAUGAGAUCAACCGGCAAGAAAUGUACAUUCGCUAUAUUUACAAGUUACAUGACCUACAUGUCCCAGCAGGAAACUUCACAGAAGCAGCAUUUACCCUUCAGCUUCAUGCAAAUCAGUUAGCUUGGACACAACGGAUGCUACAUGCUGAUCAUCUGUAUCCCGCACAAACAGAAACUCGGAGAAAAGAGCAGAUUUACAUGAAAAUAAUUGAUAACUUUGACAAAGGCAAGUGCUGGGAACAAGGCAUUCCACUCUUAGAGGAACUGGCUAAUGAGUAUCGAACACACUUAUUUGAUUACCAGAAACUCAGUGAAGUUUUGAGAAGGCAAGCUUCAUUCUAUGAGAAGAUACUAAGUGGAAAACACUAUGAUAAUGAAUACCUGUACAGGUACUUCCGAGUUGGAUUCUAUGGCCUUGGGCUUCCAUUGUUUGUCAGGAAUAAAUUGUUCAUCUACCGAGGCUUGGAGUAUGAGCAGAUUGGGGCUUUCACACAGCGGAUUCAGACAGAGUUUCCACAAGCAAAGAUGUUGUCUCACAAUACACCCCCGGAUGACACAAUACGUUCAUCUGACGGCCAGUACAUUCAGAUAUGUGCUGUGAAUACUUUAUCGGAGCCCAACCCAAUGUUUGAUGGUGUAGAGGUCGAUGAACGAAUCUUGAAAUACUAUUCCAACAAUCAGGUCCGACGCUUUGUGUAUGACAGACCUACGUACCGUGGUCCCGCAGAUAAAGAUAAUGAGUUUAAGAAUUUGUGGAUAGAAAGAAUUACUUACACGACAGAGUUUGAAUUACCUGGAAUUCUCAAGUGGUUUGAAGUAGUAGACCAGAAAGUAGACCAGUUGUGUCCUCCACAAUACGCCUGUGAAACUGUUGAGCGAAACAACAAGCAAAUCAGACAGAUUACCAUCCACUACAGAGCAAAUCCUCAGGACAACAUCCAACCAUUUACUAUGAGACUACAAGGGACAAUAGAUGCAGCUGUUAACGGAGGUGUUGCCAAAUACCAAGAUGCAUUCUUUGGUCCGGAUUACUUAGUUGUGUAUCCUGAAAAUGCUGACCAUGUUAACAGACUCAAGGUUCUUCUCUCUGAUCAGACAAUGAUACUUGAGGGAGCCUUGGAUCUUCACGGUAAAAUUGCCCACUCUGUUAACCAGCCACUUCACAGACGACUUGUUGAGGUGUUUGAAGGUCUGAGAUACAAGGUGCGGAAGAUGUGUUCAACUCCCCAGUCCCAAAGGUCAACUUCAUCUCUGCAGUCCACACCGCCACCUCCUCCAACUCAUAGACGUGCAGAUUCUGAUCCUGCAACAGAGUUCAGAAGAACAGGCUCAAUUGUAAAUUCACCCCUGCCACCACUUCCCUCAGACAAGGGUGCAAUUAGUACUAGUUCUUCAUCUACGUCUGGUCACUCCUCACAGAGAUCAUCACAAUCUUCUUCACUAUAUGCCCACUUUCAUUCUGCAUCCCAUGAUGAUGAGUUGUAUGCCAAACCUCAGAAUAACACCAAAGAACUGUAUAGUACAAGAGAGGAAUGGGAUUCAGGAUCGGGAAAUCAGCGAGAGUCUCGGCCCCGCUCAGCCUACAUCUCCGAUAGUCGAGGCUCGUCUCCAAAAUCCCUCUCAAAAUCUCUCAACAAUGAUUAUAUGAUCGUGCCUCCUCCAAAGUCCAGUGAUGAAAGCCAACGAUGGCGGCACUCACGGCCUCCAAGUCCCCGCACAGCAAGAAGCUCUGGGAUUCAUGACUGUUUAAAUACGUCGUGGAGUGAUUCACAUGGUUCUGAAGAGUCACUUCCUCCACUGCCUCCUAGAGUUGGUGAGAGACAAAUUAGAUCUGUAAGUCUUGGUGGGGAUGAGUAUGCACCUCCACCUGCACUGCCCAAAAGGAUGGGUAAGAAGUGUCCGUCGCCUGCCAUGAUUGGGUGUGAUCAGCUCAUGGGUGAUGGUGUGGAUGGAAGCAGCAGUAGCGGCGGUGGCCUCAGUAACGGCUUUCCUGCCUCCACCCCUGGCACCCCUCCGUUGCUCUCUCCACGCAACCACCGCACCCCACCACCACCACCACCACCACCUAUACCUCCCAAAUCAAUCUCUACCCCACUUACACCACUGUCACCACCUGCAAGCUUCUCUCUUAACACUUCUGCUGAAAAUUUAACUCCAACCACACCAACUAAUAUGUACGUUGGGAAUCUUGAUGGAUUGCACCACAGUCUCCUCGAGAACUACUCUGUCCCACCCAGACUCCAACCACAUCCUCCACCAUCUCCAUAAGAUUAUUCCUUUCCCUUCUCUCAGUAUUGCAUCAAACUCAUUAUCUGGUUAUAUGAAAUUUUUAAUUGGGAUCCACAUUAUUCUCCGAAGUAUCAAAAUUUAGAAUUUUGUUUUAUUUCUUAUUCUAAAGAUUUUUUUCAUAUGACUAUAUUUGUGUAAUAUUAUAGAUGUAACCUACAAAGUCUUUCUUAAAUUUGUUAGCCAUAUAUAUAUAUAUAUAUAUAUAUAUAUAUAUAUAUAUAUAUAUAUAUAUAUAUAUAUAUAUAUAUAUAUAUAUAUAUAUAUAUAUAUAUAUAUAUAUAUAUAUAUAUAUAUAUAUAUAAUUUGCUCAGUUGACUUAUUUAUUAUGGCCCAUCAUCCAUCUCUUCUUGUCCUUCAUCCCUUGAAUUAAACUAUUAAACAAUGCAAGAUUGAAUUUAGACGUGGCAUGUUUACACUGCGAGACAGUCCAGUAAAAAUUUAUAUAUAUUUUCAGGUUUGGGGGGAGGGGAGACAAAUUUUAGCUUUUAUUAUUGUUUAUCUCUUGUCUGGAUUCCUUUAGCCUCUCACAAGACCUUUAACCAAUUCAACCAGAAAUUAGACACAGAUUUUCAUGUUUCUUCUCUUCUUCUUUUUAAAAUUGAAAGAAUAGCUCCAUCUCGACCUGUACUUGUCAUCAGCUGCAUAAUUACUUCUGUAAAACUCUUCCACUUAAAUGGGGAAAAAAUCAAUCUUUGAUAAUGAAUUUACUGUACUGUACUACUAUAUUACUGUCUCAUUAAAAUUUGUAUAUGGUGUAAAUUACACCAAAUUCAUAAAAAUUACUCUCAUUCUUCACAGGCCUCAGAAGCCUUCAUCCAUUUGUGUGUGUGUUGUAAUGACAUUUUCCUAGAACUUUCCUUCCUUUUUAUUUCACACAUGCACUUAAUUGCACUUUUAUGGUGAAUUCCCUUGGUGUAGCUCACAUCAUAAGCCCAUGAUGUAAUUUCAAGACUUUUCACUUAAUUGUUCUACAGUAGUAUGUUGAAUUACUGGACACUUGUACUUCUGGAACAUUGUAAGAGCAGACUUAAGGUUUAUUCAGCAAUUAUUUUCCAGCAAAAGUAACACUAGAAUAAUAACAAUGGGGCAAACAAAUGUGGUAUAAGGUCUACAGUGAAGCUGUCUAGGGCGAACAUUACAUAAGCUCAGUGAUGAACUAUCUUAUACAGAAUAGAAUAUAGGAAAAGCAAUGAGGUAUCCUUACAGAUUUAUGGUUCUGAAAGUUAAUUGGACAUUAUUGUGCAUUGUUUUUAUACCUUUUUUGGGGACCAAAUUAAGGAGACAAAGUACACCAACAUCACACCCAGCAGUAUUCCACCUGAAAGUGUACACCACUCACACAAAUGGUUGUCAGAGAAGUAGGAUCUGGCUCUGAACGUAAGUCCAAGAUGUAUUGAAACAGUUUUGGCAAAAUUUCUGGUGAAAUUUGCCUUGCUUAAGAUUUGAAGUUCGGGUAAUGCCUGAAAUCUCAAUGCUGUGUGAUGAUUAGAUGAUGAUAUUGCCAAAACUAAUGUUGAGUUGUGCACUAUCAUGUACAUUGGUUCAGCUUGUAUACAAACAGUGAAGGCAUACAA